GGCGUAGUUAUCAGGAGGCGGGGUUGGCUACGUUGCCUGGGCCUGGUUUUGUAGGCGGGGUUGGCUGGUUCCGCUGUCUGUAGUCGGUGGAGGUCGGUAUUGCGGGCGGUGGACAGUACAGCCGGCUGGUGGGGUUGCUCCGGGAGCCCGGGGAACUUGUGUGCGGAGCCGCAGCGGUUCAGAUGGAUUUACAGCGUGCCUAGGCAAAGGAGGAGCGUCCAACUUAUCGUACCGUUUUUAAGGUGUUCCCUGGAUUUGGAAAACUUGAAAGAUUUGAUGUGGCGAAGUGCCAAUAAGACUAGAGAAUGACAACAGAAGAGGUGGUCGUGGUCGCAAAGUUUGACUACGUGGCCCAGCAAGAUCAGGAACUGGACAUCAAAAAGAAUGAGCGCCUCCUCCUUUUGGAUGACUCAAAAUCCUGGUGGCGUGUCCGCAACUCCAUGAACAAAACUGGCUUUGUACCUUCCAACUAUGUAGAGAGGAAAAACAGUGCCCGAAAGGCCUCCAUAGUAAAAAAUUUAAAGGACACAUUAGGUAUUGGCAAAGUAAAGCGAAAAACCAACAUGCCGGAUUCUUCUUCCACCGCAGAUGAAAGCUUCUCGGACACGGAGCGCUUAUAUGACCUCAACAUGCCAGCUUACGUGAAAUUCACAUACACAGCAGAGAGGGAUGACGAGUUGUCUUUGGUCAAAGGCACAAAGGUGAUUGUAAUGGAGAAGUGCAGUGAUGGAUGGUGGCGUGGAAGUUACAAUGGACGAGUAGGGUGGUUUCCAUCAAACUACGUAACUGAAGAAAGUGAUAGCCCUUCUGGUGACCAAGUGGGCACAUUGUCUGAAAAACUAGCCGCAGUAGUCAACAAUCUCAAUAAUGGUCGCUCACUACAUGUCGUCCAGGCUCUGUAUCCGUUUAGCUCAUCCAAUGAGGAAGAACUCAAUUUUGAGAAAGGGGAAAUGAUGGAUGUUAUUGAGAAGCCAGAAAAUGACCCAGAAUGGUGGAAAUGCCGGAAGAGCAAUGGUCUUGUAGGACUGGUGCCAAAGAACUAUGUUACUAUUAUGCAGAACUUUCAGACAAGUUCAGGGUAUGAGCCUUUACCACCACGAUGUGAUUACAUUGGGCCCUCUGUGACUGGGCGUUUUGCUGGCAACCAGUGGUAUUAUGGAAAAGUGACACGGCACCAAGCAGAAAUGGCGCUGAAUGAGAGAGGGAACGAAGGAGACUUUCUAAUCAGAGACAGUGAAUCUUCGCCGAAUGAUUUCUCUGUGUCGCUGAAAGCCCAAGGCAAGAACAAGCAUUUCAAAGUACAGAUGAAAGACAAUGUAUACUGCAUUGGCCAGCGCAAGUUUAACACCAUGGAGGAGUUGGUAGAACAUUACAAAAAGGCUCCUAUUUUUACCAGCGAGCAAGGCGAGAAACUCUAUCUAAUCAAGCCUUUGUCCUGAGACCGCGACGCGGAGAGUUGGUAAAAGGACUCCAGCUUUGGUAAAGUCACCGAAAGGCGGAACCCACAGAAACUGAGAACCCCAGAAUAGAACCAAAGGCCUCUCCUAGCCCCGAUGAGAAUGACAUUUGUGACGUUAAGAAUUGGAUGAUACGCUGUAAUUUUUUGUUCUGUUUGUUGUCUCUUGCCAUGAGCAUCCCUUAUCUUUUUAUAUUUUGCCUUACUAUUGUAAUGUACCUGAGAUGUAGAAUUACAUAACCUUCUCUGCACUUGGAGGUUCCAAGCAAUGUGAUUGUGGUUUGUCCCUACAAGGAUCAUGCCUGAUAGAAGUCCACGUAUCACAUCUACAUGCUGCUUUUUGUUCCCCCCCCCCCCCCCCCCCCCAAUCUGUGCUUCGGACACAAUCAUCGGCAUGGAUCGAAUGCUGUUUUCACUGUGGAUAUACUCUCACGGUUUGUCCUAUUCGCAUUGUAUCGGACAGACCGUGUCUGAGCAUUGUGUCUUCAUUUGUACUUCUAAUCCAAGACAUUUCAUAUUUAUUUAAGAAGCAUAGGGUGCCUUUCAGGUCAUUUACUAGCCUAAAUAUUUAAUGUACCCACAUACUGUAAAAGGUCUACAUAUCUUUCUUGUCCCAGCAGGUAUUGUAUAAUUCACAACGCUGUCGAUCAUUUACUUUGUUAGCUUUCGUAGAAAAAAAAAUCAUUAUAUUAUGGUUUAUUGUUCUUUUGUAUUGUUUUUAUGUUUUUUGGUACCCAUCUAAAUGGGCAGCCAGUCACUUUUAAGCUAUUUGUAAAAGAGAAGUUCCUUUUAUGUCUUGGUUGUGGUAGAGAAAUGUUCAAGCCAAAGCUUGUACUUCUGGCAUACCCCCAAAGGCACACAGGGACCAGGUGAUUGUAUGCUGGCUAUGUUUUUCCUGGCAGCAAAAAUGGCAGGCCCCUUUUUUUUUUCUUUUUUAUUAUAGUGCCCAAAAAACACGAUGGUCAACACCAGGAGCCUAUGUAAUGUAAUCGCUGGGUCCUGCAUGGUAAAUCCACCUAUAUAAUUUAGCCUUAUGUUCGUUCUUUGUUGGGCAGAGGAGUCCACGAAUGUGAUAUAUUAGGGGGGCUUGUAUCCGUUUAUUUUAUUAAAGAAACAACUGAACAAACUAGAUUAUUGUGCCAAAUUGCAUGUGUGUAAUUUAUUACUUAUUUGUUUAAAGUUGUGUAGUGGUGCUUUUUUGUUUCUCUCCCUCACAUAUAUGUGUAUUUUUGUUUUUAUUUGCACCAAAGCCUUUAGUCGAUCAAAAUGUAAUCUAUUCCAAAAUGUCUUUCUGUUUAGUGGAGGAAGCUAGUAGACCUAGGUAUCACAAGUCAUUGUAAAGAUAAGGAAUACUGCUAGAAUACUAAAUCCACAUGACUAUAUACUGUUUGUAUAUUUGUGUGUACCCCUAUUCUUAUUUAUGUACAUUGUGUGUAUCCACAAAGCAGUAAAGUAACUUUUCAUUUUUCUUAC